CAGCAAACUGUGUUAUUUUAAACGUCAUGCUGAUCAGCUGAUCUAAAUAUUAUUUUUAAAGAAAUGUCAAAUUUACUAUGGAUCUUAGUCAUAUAUUUUUUAAAUUUGAUCACAGUCGUGAUAAGUUCUUCCGGUGAUAGAUCAAAAUUUUACGUUCUUUGCGUUGAUAGGUGUAGUUUGAAAGACUGUAAAAUUGGAGGCGAGUUCAAAAGGUAUCCUCCAUUUGAUUUACAAUUGUUAUACUGGUCUUGUAAAGAUAAUUGCAGUUAUGGAUGUAUGUGGGAAACAGUUACACACUUCACCACACGUGGCCUGGAUGUACCCCAAUUUCAUGGGAAGUGGCCAUUUAUUAGAGCAUUUGGCCUUCAAGAGCCAGCAUCAGUUUUAUUCUCACUAUUGAACUUUUACGCUCACGUAAGGAUGUAUAAUACAUUCAGAAAGAAUGUGCACCCAUCAAAUCCAAUGUUCUACGUGUGGACAUACUUUAUGAUAGUUUGUACUCAUGGCUGGAUCUGGUCAGCCGUUUUUCAUGCCAGAGAUAAGUAUUUUACAGAAGUGAUGGAUUAUUCUUGUGCAUUUACCACUGUCCUGACCUUAUUAUAUUGUUUGUUGUUAAGGUAA